ACACACAAAAAAAAAAAAAAAAACCAAUUGAUAAGGUGAAGGUUGAAUCACAACUCACGGGAUUUUCCAAUUUAAUAUAUGUGUAUGACUAAAUUUAAUUCAUCAUGAAUUUAUUGUGAUUAGUGUUGUGAAAUUAUGAUGUCGUUUAAAUAAGCAAAUUAAAUAAACUUUUUAAACUAGUAUUGUUUAAAUAAUCCAACAACGUCAAGAUGAAUACAUUUUGCUGUUGUUUUAGUCUUCGAUCAGGGACAAUUUUAAUUGCCCUUAUUUCAAUAAUAUGCUCAUUGCCCUUUGUGAAUGUUAUAUUUCAAUUUUGGAAUAAUCCUGAGCUUCCAUCACCAAGGCCAGCAAGAAAAGAUGUACUAAUAAAAUGUUCAUCAAAUGAAUCAGUUAGUUUCGAAUUUUUUGUUCCUGCUGUUAUGUCCAUUGAGCUUGGAAAUAUAAUUGUAGUUACAUACUUUUUUUGUUCAUUGUUAUUACUUCAUGGUGCACUUAUGCGUAAACAAGUUACAUGUCUUCCUUGGCUGUGGUUGACAUCAUUGUGUUUUUUUAUACAUUUUUGGACUGCAAUUGUUGUCCUGGUGCAAGCAAUGUUUUCUCGUUCAUGUCAUUUGUCAUCAGAAUUACAUCGCCUCGUUGGUGUUUUACUAAUUUACCUAUUUGAGGUCCAUUUAAUUUCGACAAUUGACAGUUUUUGUGAACAACUUGGUCGAGAAAUAAGAAUGACAGAUCAAUCAGAUCAACAAAAUUUUAUUAACAAUGUUAAUCCAACCGUACAACCGCCAAAUCAUACUAUUGUACCACCUGCUACUAAUCCCCAUCUACAGAGUGUUCCAGAAGUUGUUAUUUAUCCAAAUCCACAUUUAGAUUUACCACCAGCUUAUGACGAGGUCAUUAGACCAACAGCACCACCACCAGAUUAAUUUUAAACAAUUAAUGCAAAAUCAAUUUGUGAGCUAGAGUUAAUUAUCUUUUUUUUUUUUUUCUCUCAAUCGGCAAGCCAACAACUAGAUUAUUUUGCUGAUAAAUUCCUAAUGACUAAAAGAAAUAUUAUUAAUUUUUUAUUAUGUACUCUAUUUUGUUUAAUUUUUUUUUUUUUUUUUUCUACAACUUGUUGCCAUGUAGGUAGAUUAUAAAUAUUGCUUUAUUAUGAAAUGAACAAAUAGCUUUCAGAAACAACCCAAUUUAUUCAUUAAAUAUUAAAAAAAGUAUAACGAUAAUUUUUUAAAUAUUUUUUUAUAUAUUAUUAAAAUUAUAAAAAAAGUAUAUAUAUAAAAUUAAAUAAUUUUUGAAGACUUGAAAAUUAAAUAUAUGUAAAAUUAGGAUAUUAAAAAUUACCUUAGUUCCAUUUUUUCUUACGUUUGUAUAAUAAACUCUUAAAAAAUAAAAAAAAAAAUCAAAAAAUAUGUGACAUUAAAAAUUGUUGAUAUUAUUUUUAGUAAAAACAAUUAAAAAUUAAUUUUUUUUUCAUAGAUAAUUGAUGUUUUUAAUUAAAAAAUUGAUAAAUAAAUUAAAUUUCAUUCACUAAAAUAAUUAAAACUAAACAUUUUUCUAUCCAAUUAAUUUUUUUUAACAACAAAUAUACCGUUUAAAUAAAUUUAUUAAUAAUAUUGAUUUCGAAAUAUCGAAAUACCAAAAAUUUCGAUUUUUCUAUUUCGAAAUUUGAUAGAUAUAUCGACAAAAAAAAUUCGAAUUUUAAAAAAACUUAAUUUACUUUUUCACUUGUACAUUUAUAAGUUUGUUUUUUUUUUUUUUUUUUUAUUAUUAUAUUAUGAAAUUGCUGGUAUUUGAAAAAUGAGUAAAUAUAUUUAUUAAAUAAUUUUUAUUGUGUUGAACAUCUGUACAAAUAUUAAUAACCACUCGUAUAUUUUAUUCAUAAAUAUAUUUUUAUUAGUGAAUAUAUUAAAUUAUAUAUUGCAAGAUGACCCCGAAAUUCCCUUUUUUUUUUUUCUUUUUCUUAUUUUUUUUUCUAAACAUGCAACAACAAACCACGCCUUUUUCCUUUCCGCUACAUUUUAGUAUCUUGCCAAACUUUGUCAACACAAAAAACAAAUUCGAAAAUGACUUGACUAUUUAAUCUGUGACUACACUCGGUGCUUAUCGUAUUAAUUAAUUAUAUUUUAUUCAGUUAUUAGUUUUAAAAAUUGUUGUUUAAAUAGUGAUAGUAGUAUUAUUUACUUUUGCAAUGCAACCUUGAUAUAAAUUAUUGUGGAAAAAUAAAGAAAAAAAAAAUACUCAAGGUGAGUUUAUCAAGUGAAUUUUAUAUUUUAUUAUUUUCUUUGUGUAUUAUUUUAAAAAUUAUAUAAUUUGUUACAGUUUAUUAAUUAUUCUUCAACUUUUUUUAAUUUAAUUUUUAAUUAAACUUACAUUUAUUUUUAUUUUUAUCCAUUAAAAAUCAAACAAAAACACAGUAAAAUUUUAUUAAUUCGAAAUUCAAAUUUGCAAAUAUUUUGCAAAUAGAUAAUUCCUUUUUUUAGAAACUAAUAUUAUUUAUAAUUAAAAAAAAAAGUUAAAUAUUAUUUAAAAUCAUUUUAAAUAAAUAUAUAAUGUGUUUUUUAUUUUUUUAAAGAGAAUAAAUUGUUCAAAUAAACAAGAUUUGUAAGAGAGAAGGUACGUGACAUUG